AUGGAAAUCUCCCUUGGAAAUACAACAUACUGGAUAACAAAAUGUGAUCCAAAAAUGAAACCAGUAGUUGGGCAACAGUUUAAGACUCUUGAAGAUGGCAUAGAUUUUUAUGUACAUUAUGCUGCAGUUGUUGGAUUUGAUGUGUGGCGUAGUGGUGAUAGGAAGGACAAAGUGAGCAAAGUAUUGCAUAAAUAUUUGGUAUGCUCACGUGAAGGAUUUAAGCAAGUUACAGACCCCGAAAAAGGGGAAACAAGUGAAACGCUGAAAAGGCGUCGUCCAUCAAACAGAGUUGGAUGCAGCGCACACUUCAAAUUUAAUACAGACGGGGAUAGUGGAUACAAAGUGACAUCAUUUGAAGAAAGGCACACCCACUGUUUGUGCGAGGAACAGUUAAAACCGUUCAUGAAAGUGAAUCGCAAGCUAGACAUGGGGCAUAAAGAAUUCAUCGAAAAAUGUGGAAAGACUAACAUUGGACCAAUCAAAAGCUUUAAUCUAUAUGGAGAAAUGGUUGGUGGAUUUGAACAUGUCGGUGCGACUAGUACUGAUUUCAAGAAUCACAAGAGAGAGAUAUUGGCAUACAUGAAGCGGCGGGGCGCCCAAAUGCUUGUCGCCAAAUGCCAAGAAAGAAAGGAGUUUUGGCUAGACUACUACUUUGAGUAUGCCGUAGACGAACAAGAGCAGUUGAGUCGUAUAUUCUGGGCCGAUGAAUAUGGGCGCAACAAAUUUGCCCUCUUUGGAGAUGCAAUGACCUUUGACGCAACAUACAAAACGAACAGGUAUAGUCUCGUCUUCGUACCAUUCACAAGCAUGGACAACCACAAAAAGUCCACUACAUUUGCGACUGGUUUAAUUGCAAAAGAAGAUGUGGAGUCAUACUCAUAG